AAAUCGGGAAGAAAAAUCCAAAGAAAUCAAUAAACAAACUUCAUCCGAGUUCACUAAAAGAAUUCGUCAAGAUUUGGUUACUGAUUUACCACCAAUGAAACAAGAACAACUUAAUCGUCCGUAUGGUUAUUCAUCUGGUCAUGAAACUUCACCUCAAGUAACUAGAAAUCGGGAAGAAAAAUCUAAAGAAAUCAAUAAACAAACUUCAUUCGAGUUCACUAAAGGAAUUCGUCAAGAUUUGGUUACUGAUUUACCACCAAUGAAACAAGAACAACUUAAUCGUCCUUAUGAUUAUUCAUCUGGUCAUGAAACUUCACCUCAAGUAACUAGAAAUCGGGAAGAAAAAUCUAAAGAAAUCAAUAAACAAACUUCAUCCGAGUUCACUAGAAGAAUUCGUCAAGAUUUGGUUACUGAUUUGCCACCAAUGAAACAAGAUUCAUAUAGUUAUGAUACUUUACCUCAAGUGACUAGAAAUCGGGAAGAAAAAUCUAAAGGACUCAAUAAUCAGGUCUCAUCCGAGUCCACAAAAAAUAAUUCUAAAAAAAAUGUUAACGAACAUCAACGUGUUGCUACUAAUUCCGAUGUUAACAAUAAUCGAUUCAACGAUCAUCAAGAUUUAGUUGCUGAUCCUUUGCGACCAAUAAAAGGAGAGCAAUUUGGUCGUCCACAUGAUGGUCCUGACACUUCACCUCAAGUAACUAGAAAUCGGGAAGAAGAAUCUAAAGAAAAUAAUCAGAUUCCACCUGAGUCUACAAAAAAUAAUUCUAAAAGAAGUGUUAACGAACCUCCACGUGUUGCUACUAAUUCUAAUGUUAACAAUAAUCGGUUUAACGAUCAUCAAGAUUUAGUUGCUGAUAGUGUGUCGAAAAUGGAACAAGAGCAAAGUCAUGAUAUUACGGUAUCUUUUCAUGUUCAUAUGCCAUCAAGUUUGAAAGGGGAUAGCCAAAUUACUGUAUUCGGAAAUAUCCCUGAGUUGGGAGAAUGGGAAAGACCAUGCGUUGCUUUCCGUUAUUAUGGCGUUGACUAUUGGAUUUCAGAGCCUAUCAAAAUUUCAAUGUCUUCAAUUGAGAAAGUUGAAAACAUCUGUUAUAAAUAUGCUAUAUUGAAGACGCGUACGUCCUUUUGGGGAAAAAAAGAGCACACGCGGGUUUUUGAAGGCAAGGGUCCACAUGAUAAUCGAAUGUUAGAUUUAGGAAAAACGAAUUUUUAUGACAUUUGGCGUGCAAGUUAUGAAUAUCCUAUGAGAGGUCCUAAAGAAUGUCUAUUUGUCAAAGACAUUUACUCGUCUUUGAGUGAACGUAAUCUAAAGGAAAAGAUAAUGGAAUAUCAAUCAUUAAGAAAAGCGUAUCCAGGUUUAAUAGUCUCUUCCACCAGUUUGAAUUUUAUUGAGAAUAAUGCGAAAGAAAUCAAUACGUUCGGUCAAAAGAUAUUUUUAUGCAUACUUUUAGGUUACUACAUAGAACAUUAUCACAAUGCAAAUAAAAGUUUUCAAGCUUUCUUUCAACUUCCGGAAUCUUUUCCAUCUAGCCCUUUGCUAGAAGGUCUUUAUAGAAUUACUUCAGAUUCAUUGCCUUCUAAUACGACACAUUUGCUUUUGCCUACAAUCUCGACUCUAGUAAAACAAAAUUCAUCACCUGUAUUCAACGGAUUUGAGUGGAUGAAUUUAUUUGCUGUGGCCCCUGUAAUCGAUCCUAAUUACACUUUUUUGGAUGAUAUACAAAAAUGGGAAUAUGACGAAAAUAAUUCAAUAUUACUUAAAGAGAGUUUAGAAAACAAGGCAAAGCCGGCAAUUGAUAAUAUAAAAUCAACUAAACAAUAUAAAAUUAUAAUUAAGAAACUUAUUUCACUUACCACAACCAUCGACAUGCUUGUCUUUUUAUGGCAAAAUAUGGUUCGUUCGGAAAUCACAAAAGAUUCUUUUCUUUAUUCAGAGGUUCAUGAUCACACGCGUGAACAUUUUUACAAGUUAAUUGCCUCGAAGAAUGCCGAAGUUUUGCUCGAAUGUCUCAACAAGCUGUCAAAUGACUUUCAUAGUUUAGUAGCACAGAAGAUUCGAAAAAAAGUUCUUGAAAUUUUACAGAGUCAAAAAUAUCACUGGACCAAAAGGAGUGUUGAUUCUAUUUCUUGCUUAUUAUGUGAAGAUAGGCUUUCUUGGCCCACAAAUGAAGUGUUUCAAGCGUUGGAUCUCAUCAGUAAAUCUAAUAAUUUUCAAUUAUUAGAAAGUUUCCCAAAAUCUUUGCAUGAUGUGAUAGAAUCUGUGUUUGAAUAUAGAGAACAAAAUUUUUGGAAAAAAUUAUCCAUCAUUUGUAUCAGAUGGUAUCAACGUAUACUCCUUGUUCGUAAUGAUAAUGCGGCGGUACACCAAACCAAUGGAAAUGUUGUCAAUGAUGUCUUCUUUUAUCUUUCGCAAAUCUAUCCAAUUGUUGCGGCCGUCGAGUCGAUAACUGACAGUUUGCAAGAUAUUGCGAUUAAGCAGAUUGAAAACUACAACCAUGAUCUUGUGUUCAGAGCAACUUCUUUAAUUGGCAAUAUGCAUCAAAAUGUUCAAAAUUGUUUUGAAAAAAUGAUUAAGAAACGUUUAGAUGAUGUAAUUCAAAAAAGUGAUGCUCAAAAACUUUUGGGGCAUAUCAUGGACAUUUGUGGUUGUGAUAAUCAAAACCAAGGAUUAAAAGUCCCCAAUAAAUUUUCCGACGAAAUUCUCCUUUAUAUGAUGAAUUGCUUACAGAAACAAAUUUCUGACUCCUUGUCUACCGGAAAGAUCGUUUCUGAUAACUUUCAUGCUUUUUUACUCGAAUCCGCUGGUUUUUGGGUGGUGGUUUUACAAGCCCAUGGCACGGUGAAGCGCCUAAAUUCUAAUAUGCUUGUACAAAAAGUCAAAACUACCAUUGUUCAUCUAGCCGAAUUGAUCAAAAAAAGUACUAUCAAAAUAACCCUACUUCGAAAUGUGUUAAAGCAUUCGAACCGGGAUCUAAUUCGGUAUUUUGGCGCUGUCAAAGAUAACAAAAUUAAAAUCACUGAAAAUGAGCUUCAAUCUGUGCGCGAAGAAUAUACAGCAUUCGAAAAUAGAUUUAUGCAUCUAAACGAUUUUUAUACUCAUUUCUGCUCGGACCCGAGAUUAACUGAUGCUCAUGAGUAUAUAAAAGAUAUGGAUUAUAAGAUGCAAUCAUUUGAAGACACAACAUUGAGUGAUAUAUUAUCAGUUUAUUGGGAUAUGCAUGAGUCGAUUCUCAAUAUUGCAGAAAAAUCACAUCUCUAUAUAAAUUCUCAAACUUUUUCGAAUGUUUUUGAGGACAGCUUGAAAAAAGAAACACAGGAAUUGUCAGUCCUAGUCAUUGCAGAAAGUAUCAUGCCAAAAACAUUGAUAAAACAUGAAACUUUAGUAAAGAAGUGUAAUAAUUUGAAAACGAUCAAGGUUUCUGAGGCACUCCUACUUUGGGAAAACACAAAGAACAUUGAUGAGGAAUUGGAAUUCUUAUCAGAUAUUAAAUAUUUAAGAAUAUCUAAAGAGCUGAAAGAUUCUAUAAGAGAUCUUGUAUCCGUUUCAAAGUGGAAAGAACGUCUUCAACAAUUAAUAAAUGCUGCAGAAAUAUGCAAUGUAGAAGAUAAAAGAAAAAAAUUUGCUAAACUAUUGGAAAAUAUUGAUAAUCAAGAAAAUUCAUUUGGGGAUUUAUCGCGUGCAAUACAAGAAGUGAACAAAUCUUACGGAGCGAUUAGCGACGAUUGCUGGUCUUUAAUCAAGGAGCUUUCAACGGCGAAUAAAUUUAUUGAAUUUUUAAGGAGGAAUGCAGAAUACGAUUUGAAAAAUUUGAUUAAUGCUGUAGAUGAUCAUUCAGAUGAGCAGUUGAUUCGAGAAGAUACAGUAUCUUCAUUGAUUCAAAUCAAACAUUUUUUGCUUCCAAUCGUCGGCGAUGCAGAUAAAAAUAAGAUAUCAGGCAUCGAUGCUUUUAUUAAAGAACUAUCAUCCAUCUCCAACAAGAAUCCCGCAUUAUCAAAAAAGCUUACCCUCUGCAACUUGCAUAGACUUGCAUUAGAGAACAUGUGCGCAAAUAUUUUAAGGAAAGGGGAAGUUACGAAGAAACGCAUAAAAAAUGCAGCUACAAUAGGAAUUUAUGAAUUUCAACGUCCAGCAAAAGAAGAUAAUUGUACCGUUCAGUUAACUUAUUACUGGCAGGAUCAACCAGCUAAAUACACACUUAACGAUUUGCUAGAUUUGCGAGGUCGUGCUUUGUUAAUUGCAAAAUCCGCUAACUCUGUUAAACAAAUGCCGACUGAUGAAGAGGAUGAAGAUGAUUUCGAUGAAUCGUAUAUUAAUAAAUUUGUACAUGAUUUGGAUAUGGUACAAGAAAUUCUAAAGGUAGCAUCAAAAUUAAUUCAAUUAGGUCACUUUAAGUAUAGAGAACUUCAGGAAAAAGUCGAAGUUAAAAAUGAAGAAGAAAUCAAUGGAUUGCUCGAAAAACUUUUUGGUGACUUGACUGAAUGGGAAACUAUGAUCAAUCAAGCGCAAGAACACUAUUACUAUUUGACAUUUUACCCAGCACGACAUAUUUUAACUUUUUACGAUUAUUUUUUCGAAAAUUCUAAUAAUCUCGAAAUCAAAAACAGCUGUGAAAUUCUCUUGAAAUAUGUCAAUAAACAAGCAAAAUUACCUCCGGCAAACGCUAAUCACGCAAUAACUUGCGAGACAGCAUCUUAUGAUAAAAUUUUUGGUGAAAUCGGAAAGAUAUUACACAAUAUUUUUGAAUCUACGCCAAAAAGAAUUCGAAACAUCUCCGCAUCAAUAAAUUGUAUUCAUUCUGACGUGGUCAAAUCUGGCCAAUUGUUUGUUGCUUCUUGUGACAAAGGCCGCAUGGAAAAUACAAUCAUGUCACUUUUUGCUAAUUAUAAAACUUAUCCGGAACCUUGGCAGAUUUUUAUUUGUCGUUCAAAUACAACUGCAGAAGAACUUUCUCUCUUUAUUAAAAGAUGUUUUUUGGCAGCGAGUAAUGGAUAUGAAAACCGAUUAUUUUGUAUCGCCAAUUUGGAAGUUCUUGAUGUCGAGUUACAAUACAAUCUAGUAAAUGAUAUACGGGCAUUAAGCGAAACAAAAAAACAGUAUGAUUUGGCAUUGAUUUGCUGCCCUGAACCCGGAAUACAUCAUCACAUCACUGAUCAAUUUCGCGAACAUGUUCAUGUAUCAAAUGGUCUUGAUUCGGAUUCAAUGAAAAAUAUUUACGGUGAAAUCUGUCAAGAUGUGAUACGUGUUUCCUCGGAUUUGUCUGGACAAGGUAAAACUGAAUGGAUUCGUCAAACGAGUAUGGCGAAAGGUUUAAUACCACGAAGUUUUCUGGUCAGUGAUGAUAUUCAGUAUGGGAAAUUUGUGCGUCAAUUGAAAGAGAACAAUUUACGACGAGAGUUUGAAAGUAUACAUUUCAAUAUUUUAUCGGUCAAGAAUCCGGGCGAAUUGAAUAGGUUUCUUUUCGAACUAUUGACGUUGGGUAUGGUAUCAAAUGGAGUGGAUAUUGUAGAACUGCCAGACACAUCCAUUUAUAUUGAAGUGGCAUCUACUGUGGAUCAAUAUCUUCUUAAUUCACUACCAUUCACUGAAUACCUCACCAAAAAAGAACUUGAAUGGGAUGAUGAACAUUUUAUUGCAUCGCGUGAACCUACAAGUCCCAUACAGGUGGUGGCUCGAUACCUUGAUGCAUAUAAUCGUAAAAUUCUCAAUGAGACAGAUAUCUCUAUUUUAACAGGCGAUCCCAUUCCAGCCAAUCGUUGCCAAGAAUUACUUAAUAAAUACUUUUUUGAGGAAACUGCAAAAAGCAUAUAUUCAUAUCGCUAUAUAGAAAUCUUUACAAAUGUACUAGCCGAUCAGUUGAUUCGUAUGUCGGCAAGCACAUAUUUUCAGGUUGAAAACAUAGAGCUAAUGGUCGAUGAACGUAAUCGUAAUAUUCGUGCCUUAUUAAUGGAACAGUUCAUCGAAACUGGUAAAGAAUUUGCAACACGAUCGAUAGCAUCAAAAUUGGCACAAAUAGAAAACGAUAAAGCAUCUCAAUCGGAAAAUAUUGCUGAAUUUGAUACUGCACGAUUGGGAGCUAUUUUACCGUGGGAAGAAUCGAACCAUUUACUAGUGGUGUUUUUAUCACAAUCACCAGAUUCGAUUGCAGCAUUUUAUAACGAUAGAGAAAAAGUUCCAGCUAGCGUUAAAAAGUUAUUACAAAGUCAACAAGCUAAUCGUGAAAAUCCAGAAUUAGAAGAUUAUCAUGAAAUGCCACCAGAAAUAUUACUUAAUAAAUUGGAGUCAUUAGCACGAAAAUCGAUGAAGGAAUUAGUAUUGCCGCAUUAUGCGUUAUCAGCUGACAAUCUUCUAAAGAUGGCACUUAUCUUAUUAAGAGCACGUGCUCGUAUACCAGUAGUUAUAUGCGGAGAGGCUGGAUGUGGCAAAACCAGCCUCAUUCACUUCUUGUCAAUGAUGGUCGAAGUGGAAUUUGAAUCAUUAAAUUUACAUGCUGGAAUUCAAGAAGAAAAAAUUCUAGAAUCUAUCAAUAAAGCCACCAAUAAAGCCAAAAAAGGAGAAGUGUGGAUGUUUUUCGAUGAAAUCAACACUUGUAAUCAUAUUGGAAUGCUUGCUGAUCUGAUCGCGCAUCGAACACUUAAUGGAAAACUUAUACAUCACAAUAUUCGCUUAUUUGCAGCAGCAAAUCCUUAUCGAUUGCGCAUUAAAGCUCAAAGUAGUGCCGGAUUGAAGGCAAAGCAAUCACGGUAUGAAGAACGAAAUCGAUUAGUAUAUCAAGUGAACCCGUUACCUGAUCAAAUUUUGGAUUAUGUCUGGGAUUAUGGCAUAUUGAAACGGAAAGACGAGUAUUUAUAUAUCCAAAUUAUGGUUAAAUCGCUUGGGGAAACUGCGUUUAAGAUUGGGCUUCCCGAAUUACUAUCGGAAUCUCAACAAUUUAUUCGGGAUACAGAAGAGCCAUAUAGUGUCAGUUUACGUGAUGUAAAGCGUACUAUAAAGCUCGUUCGAUUCUUUCAUGCUAGUUUUAACCAAAGGGAUAAGAAUAAUAAUAAACAUAAAAUUUCAAUCUGGGUUCGCUCUUGCUGCCUUGCCUUAGGACUAUGUUAUCAGGCGAGGCUAUAUGAGAAAGAUUUGCGGUUGCAAUAUCGCAGAAAAAUGACUGCUAUAUUUAGAACUAAGACAAUCCUUAUGAAAGAAGAAGAAUUUGAUACCAUCAUCAAAGAAGAACAAUUAGAUUACUUUAAUCGUAUGAUAGUGGGACCUUCGAUUGCUGCAAAUUCAGCACUUUUAGAAAAUAUACUAGUGAUGAUAGUGAGCAUUUUAACACGUAUUCCAGUCUUUAUUAUAGGAGCACCCGGAAGUUCAAAAUCCUUGGCUAUACGAAUCAUUAGUCAAAAUCUUCGUGGAAUAGAUUCUCACGACCCAUAUUUUCGAAGGUUACCUGGGGUGUAUGUUGUUCCACAUCAAGGUUCAACAUCUUCAACCUCAGAAGGUAUUAUCAAAGUCUUUGAUAAGGCUCGUAAUUACCAAAAGACUAGCUCCACAGAAUUUAAAGUCAAUGCUGUUGUUUUAUUGGAUGAAGUUGGUUUGGCCGAAACCAGUCCAUUUAAUCCAUUAAAAGUAUUGCACUCACUUCUCGAACCAAGUUUUCGUGAUGAAAAGGAGUCAGAUUCGGACCUAGAAAAUUCAGAUAAUCCAAAUAAUGAAAAAAAAUUUUCAGAUUGUCCAGAAGUUUCUGUUAUUGGUAUUAGUAAUUGGCGACUAGAUAAUAGUAAAUCAAGCCGAGCUCUUCUUGUCCAACGACCUAAAUUUGAUAGGGCUGACUUAUUAGAGACAAGCCGAAGAAUACUUGGUAAACGUUUCCAAAAGAAAUAUGAGUUUUUAGCUGAUGCCUACCUUGAAUAUGAGAAAAAUCAAAUUCAUCCUAAUUUUCAUGCGAAAUCAUUACAUGAAGGAUUGAUCCGUAAUUUUGGAGGAACUGAAAAAACACAAGAAUUGUGUAAAGAAUAUUUUGGCCAAGUUUUAAAUAAUUUAAAUGGCAAGGUGUACGAUCUCAGGCAAAUUCCGGUAGAUGAAUUAAUCAACAAAAAUUUAGAGGACAAAAAUGCUCGACAUCUUAUGGUUAUUGGGAAAAGUGAUUCGUUAAUAGACAUUUUAACAUAUCACUUGCGUCAGAAGCAGUUGGAUCCAGUGGUAAUCUGCGGUUCUCAAUUUCCGGAUGACCAAGAAGAUUAUGCAUAUGCAGUUCUGAAAAGAAUUAUGAUAUGUGUAGAAGCUGGCCGUCCCUUAAUUUUAAGCGAUUUGGAUAUAAUAUAUGGGAGUCUUUACGAUUUGUGGAAUCAAAAUUAUUAUACCGCUGGCACAAAGGAAGAUCCAAAGCACUUCACUCGAGUAGCUUUAGGAGCCUAUUCAAACCCGAUGUGUUUUGUACACGAAAACUUUCGAUGUAUUUUGAUCAUGGAUGAAAGGAAAAUAAAAUUGGCAGAGCCUCCUCUUCUCAAUCGAUUUGAAAAACAACGAAUGAGUAUCAAUGACACUCUUAACGAUAAGCAAAAACACUUCGUAGAAAAUCUCUCUUUUUGGGUUCGUCAAAUUUCAAAUUUGGCAGGAACGGACUUUUCGGUAAAUGACAUGUUUAUCGGAUUUAAUGCUGAAGAAACAGUGCAGAGUUUGGUCAUUGACAAUUGUCAAAAAUAUACUAAUCUUGAUGAUGGUGAAUUUAUCAUGACCAAGUGUAAAGAAUCUCUUAUAUCAAUUGCAACUGCUGAUGGGAUAGUAAGGUCUGAAAAAUCUGCUUUGGCCACCACAAACCCGAACGAAGUUGCGUAUUGGAAAAACUUCUAUCUUGUUCACCAAAGACAUGACGAUCUUUAUACUUAUUUUGAAGAGUUAUUACAUGUGGAUAACAAUAGUAUUGCGACAGCUGAACCAAAAAGCUACCAAACUAUUAUAAAUACAUUUUCCAAUAUUCACACUGAUGUGCGAUCAAUCUUGAAAGGUAUCACAUGUCAAGUUGACAAAUUAUCCACCUUUAAGACAGAAGCUCAACUGCAAAAUCGCGUAAAGCAUUUCUGGUUGGAAUCUGACUCACGGCUAUUGAUUUUGCAAUGUGAUGUGUCAGUAUUGAAGACUAGAUGCAUCAAAUUGGCAAAAUUUAUUAUAGAACAAUCUCGAGCAGAAUAUCUUGCUCGUUCUCAGCAACCUAGCAAACAUGCGUGCAUUAUCCUUCACACUCAACGUAAAAAUGAUGCCAAUUCUUGUUCGUUUAACUUUAUGUGUGGUUGGGAACAAAUCACUAUCGAGCUACUUAAUCCACAGGAGAGCACUUUAUCUAAUUUGCUCAAUGGAAAUCUUGGGAUCACUAUUGAAUCCUCAUACCCAUUCAAAAACGUCAUUCAACAAGAACUUUUAUGGUGUUUGUCCUGCAUUAAAUAUCCUGCGACGCCAAAAUCAGUUACUCAUCUAAGAUACUUACUUCAAGAAAUACCAAACCACCCGAAUUUUAUAAACAUUAUAAAGGAAAGAGUGCAACAAUAUUUACCAGAAUACGACACUAAUAAUUGGCAAUUGCAGGUGGCCUCCGACAAAAGAUCUCUAUGCUUAUACACAUCUUUAUUAGCCGCACUUCAAUCAUUUGUUAGAGAAACAAUUCGCAAACCGAUCGCUAAAAUUUUGUGCAGUCUUGAGCGAUUAUCUGCUACACAAACAUUCCUCGAAAUCGAUAAUGCAUCUGAAGAAAACGAUUUGCUCUUGUUUUGGAGUGAAAUAUUUAUGGACAAACGAAUCGUAAAUAUUGAUGAAUUACAGGAACCAAAACCGGAUUUGUUCAGAAUGCCCAAUCCUCAGCACAAAUUAUGUUUCCCAUUUUCAUUUUAUUUUUUCAAUCGCAUUAAUAGUUUCGAAAAGUUUUACCGAGAAGAUGUGUCACAGCUUUCUGAGGAUGAAAAUAAUCUUGAUGAUGAAGCAAGGCUUUUGAAUCCUAUUAUGGAAAAUCUUCAAACUAGUUUUACAAAGAGAAUUUUGGCAGCUAUACCUGCACUUCGUUCGCCUUAUGUAAAUAAUUCUAUGGGAUUAUAUUAUAAUGAUUUUAUCACAAUCCUUUCAUCCGAAAUAAUUGGCGAAAACACUGAAAAACUAAUGUCCUAUAUUAUAAGAUCUGAACUUACCGAGAAGGAUAUACGUAAUCCAAUAAAACUUCAUAUUUAUUGGUGGAAUAAUGCCGAUUCUAUGAUGAGCAAAUUAUGUCUUGCCAAACUAUGUCCAAACGUCGUAGAAACUAUGCUAUCAAGUGAUUAUUUCGGAGAAAAUUCUGGUGAUCAAGAUGAUGAACAAGAGAAUGGCGAGAAUCAGGAAAAUAAUGCACUUCAUACCACUGUGGAAGAUGCGGAUGACGAUGACGACGAUGACCUAAAUAAUAGGCAAAAUGACGAGAGUGAACAUUAUAGCAUGGUUGAAUUACUUGCCACUAGAGCGCAUAAAAAAUCAUCGCAUAAACAUGAGGAAGAUAAAGGAAAAGGCAAAGAGACAGAAAUUCAAAAUUAUCUUCUGGUACAAACAAUAAAUAUGGUUUUUGAAAAAUUAUACGACCUUGCAGACGAAGAGGAGCAAAGUGGGAAUGAAGACGACCAGAUACAACACAGAGAAAAUAUUCGAGAUUGGCAACGUCUCGUUAACAUUAUACUACUUCAUUGCUCAAAACUCUCAAUAUCGUCAAACACAGAAUCAUUUAAUCUACUGCGUAUUUGUAAUGACUUGGUUUCCGCAAAAUCAAUUCCUCUUCGCGAAAUUAGAAAACUUAUUUAUAGUCCCCAAAGAGAUAUUUCCGACGAAUUGUUGUCAAUUGAAACGAUCAACACUAUAUUCGAAUUGUUGGAUAAAUUAGACAUAAAAGAAUCUCAAUCGAAUCCACGGCAAUCUUUUAUUAUGCGAUGCUUAAAUAUCAUUGAGCUUGAUUCACCAAUUCGAGAAUAUCUUUAUGAAAAAAUAUUUUCUCAAAAACCAUUCCCCCUUAUAGGGUCAAUUGUUUUACGAAUUUUCGAAGCUGAAACUGGAGAUGAUGAACUAAAAAAUGUAUUCUUAGACCUCAUAGAAAACCCUCAAAAGAUUUUAAGAAUGUCCAGCAGAUUGCAAGUAAUCAACGAAUGCCUGAAAAAGAAUGGCAUAAAUUCACAAAUGGCGGCAUUAUGUACUGACGUGAUACAAAAAGGAUGUUUUGCUUCUCUGAUAAUCGGUGAGCUGGCACCUAGUUUUCGUCAAGCUAUAGAAGUCUUAUGUGAGCCAAAGAAUGCCGAACCUUUACAGUUAUUGUCAUCUAUUGCAUAUUUCAAAGAAUUUGUCAGCAUGUUUUGGCGAUCGAUAGAUUCUCUCGAUAAUUCAUUAAAUCAAAAAAUUCAGUUUACUUUCAUGGAAACUGACCAAACUUACAAUUUAAUCGAAGCUAUCACUCAAUCUUUAAGCCUUCCCAAUCCAUUGAUACACUCUCUAGCGAUCUAUUUUUUAAAGGAGUUGCGAUCUCUUGGAUUCUCAGUCGAACAAAUCAAACAACUUUCUCUGGUUCAACGAGAGUAUUUGCCCUGGAUUUCUGAACUUCCUUGGGAUGAUACUAAACGAAGCAGACUUCCAUUUAAUCCUUAUUGGAUAUUAGAUGCUUACACCGUGGCAGAGAAUGCAUAUAAAUAUUCAUAUUCGGUCUUUAACAAUUCUCGAUUUGAUACUUUACUUAAAAGUCUUUUACAAAGUCACAGAGUUGAUGAACGUGUUGCAUUUAUUGGCCUUAUACUCGCGAGAUUGCAUUCACCUCGAAUUAUAGCUGAGGAAUUGAACAAUAAUGAGAAAAAGAUAUAUAAUUAUUUGCGUAAUCAAAUACAACAAAUGAACCUCCAAAUCGUCUAUAAGGAUACAGUCAUGAAAUUGUUCGAGAAUAAGCAUCCUCUCAUUCAACUAAAUCCGCAAACUAAUGAUUUCCAAUUGCUCAUGGUCUCUGUAAUUAUACACAUCGUCGCUGUUAUCGCGUCUCUCCCUCCGGAUCAUUCGCCAUUAAGCGUAUAUUUACAUCGAUUACAAGCUUGCCAAGAGACUUUCAUUUUAACAUGUCCCACGGAUUUGGAAUCCGUGUUUUUAAAUGUUCUUUUUACUUCUACUCACAAAUUGGAUGGAAAUAAUCGUAGGCUCACUCGAUAUAAAUGUAAAUGUGGCUAUAUAUAUUAUAUUGGUAACUGCGGUCUGCCAAGUAGUAACGAUGAUAAAUCAGUAUGUCCUGAAUGCAAAUCCACCCUUGGAGGCAAGCAUCAUCAUUUUUCAAGCAUAGAUCAUAAAGUACCUGUAGGACAUGAGAAAUUAGAUGCGACUCCAUUAAAUAAAAAUGAUCGACAAGAAGAUCAAACUGGAUAUAUCGUGGAAACUUGUAGCACUGAUCAAUACUUAAGUGUACGCGCCAUGACUCCAGCUUCAUAUCGUAUUUUGCAUUUAUUUGUUCACGCAAUAUUUGGAAUAUCAGCACCAUCAUCUACUGUGCAAAAUUUCUUUGGAAAUGUUCCAGACCCAGUUCGAUAUUGCCUAGAUCAUAUUAACAAUGAUUGGGAACUAGACCCAGUGAAUCUCAAUACAGCAGACGAAAGAGAUCAAUGGGAGCGCUUUUUUACAAAUAAUUUGGUUGUCCCAUUAGUAAAGAAUGUCAAUGGAACUGCUGCUGAUCUUCUCACAAAAUUAGAAGCAGCUGCAACUGCAGCAGAUCAAGGAAGCGGUAUUCUCGAAAAAGAAAUUUGCGAAACAAUCGAAAUAAGUGAACAAUACAGUAUAGAAUAUUUGCCGAGACUUUGGCGAAAGAUUGGCAAUACCACGUUUGACAAUUUACACGCAUACUUUACUUCGAAUCAACAAAACUCAUUGAAAUAUCCAUUCCUUGAUUUGUUUUUCAAAUAUGAACAAAAAUUGAACCUCAUAAAGAAUAUAAGACCAAUAGUUAAAUUUGUUCAACUACUUUCGAAGCAAUUAGGCCAUCUUAUUACUCGAAAACAAGCUCAGGACACAACUUUUAAAGCUUUUAUUGACAAACAAACUAAGGAAUCAGAUGAAAAUGAAUCUCAUAAUUUGAAAAGCGCAUUUAAAAAUUUCAAGGACGCAUGGAAUUCUGUAAUCCCUUAUGUAACACGUUUCCAAUGCCACGAGUUGGAACAGAAACCUACAAUUAAUGAAGAAUCUUCUAUUAUCCUUGGAUUAGUAGAACCUAAGGGAGAAUCACUUUACCUUUGUGCCAUAUUGGAUUAUUUGGUUAGCUUACAAAAUGAAUUUUUACAAGAAGUGGUUACGAUUCCACCCGGAAACUGUUCUUCUUUACGAUUCUUGGAAACAGAAGGAAUCCGUGAAGAUGAUUUAGAUGCGCCAUCAACUUCCGCAGCAACCACGCGUGAUCCACAUAUUCUAUAUUAUUUAAAAUCUAUGAGACUUGAGAAUAUUCGUCCAUCCAAUAUCAUUCAAUAUGAAUGGGAUGAUGAGAUACUAGAAUUUAGUCAAAGAAAUCUUGAAGUACUUCAUGGCGAGGAGAUUGCAUAUGAUUUAUACAAAAUGGAAAUGGAGUUGGCACGUAGUUUGGUAUUCGGUAAAGUUUAUAUUGAAGCAAUUAGCAAUAAUAUGUACUUGGAAAAUUUCCUUUACCAUAUGGAAUUAUUCCAUGCAUCAAUGACAUUAAUAAACGAUGUCAAAGAGUUAAUACCACAAGAGCCACUUCCAGAUCGAAUAAAACGUAAUUACAAUGGACAAGAGGGUUCCAUAUCAUUGGAAAAUCCAAUGGAUCUUCGUUCUUUUCUGGAAAUUCUUUUAUGCUUUGUGAAACGUACUGCUAUUAGUGAUGGCGAGAUGCCUAUAGUCGAAUUUAUAAAACAAUGGAUGAACCGCUCAAACUCAAUCUCUGAGAAUAAAAUUUUCCAAAUGGAACUGCAACUUAAACAUAUAGUCGCAUUAUACGAGUUAAUUGAAGAUAACGUGGCUGAUCUGAUGAUGGAAUCUAUCGAUAACAAAUAUAAAUCAAAACUACCAGAUGACAUGAGAGAGGAAAUCAAGGAAGUAGUCGAAUUUGAAUCAAUAACACAACAAAAAUCCAAAAAAUUCCCCGCAGUAAUAUUUGCCUCCGCACUGAAACGAUUUAUUGUACGAUAUCUUCUUCUUGAGGACAAAAUUCGUUCGAAUGAUCCGCUUUACCUUUACGUAUGCGAUGUUUCGCUCAAUUGUUGGCCAUCUGAUAUUACUGAGGAAUUGUUAGAUCUAUUUCCGGUUGAGUUACUUGUUGAACAUACUUAUGAAGCUUAUCAAUUGAUUAGAUCUAUUUUAUGGAAGAAUGAAUUGAAGAAACGUCAAGCUAGAGAAGAGAAUAUGAGAGCAAAACAUCAUCGUGCAUCUGCCGUUGCUUCUUCUAGUCGACCCAGCCCAAAUCCAAAAAAGAAAAAGGGAAAAACCAAAUUCGACAAAUUAUAA